CUACCUAGUUGGGAGUCGGAUAUCCGCUGAGGCUGUUAGUGCUUUUGCUGGAACUUGGCAGUGGUCAAGAGCGAUCCCCUGCCCCUUUGACCAAUGAUAGGACCCGCAGCGCGCAUAAGUGCCUAAGGCCGCCACUUUAUUCGGAGAGUGAGGUGUUACCUGCUUGGUCACCAUCACCUCUUCCAAGCGCCAGCCAUUCUCCAGCACGACGUCAAUUCCCAACAUGGCCUCGACCUCAUGAUCGUGCCGCCUUCAGAAUGCCGAAGACACAGAAUGCCAAUGGCGACAGCCAUUUCCCGCAGCGGUUGAAGAAUUUCUUCCGCAUCAACUCCGGGCCCAAGGACCGAGAGAAGGACCAUGCUUCCCCUCUCAAGACCGAUACCAAGAUUCCCUUCCGGCAGACCAAGUUCUUCAGCGUGGGCCGACUUCGUAGUGCGACUGUCGCCAGCGAAGGAAACCCUCUCGAUGAGGCCAUGAGCCCGACCGCCCACGCCAAUCCCUACUUCGCUCACCAGGGUCAGCCCGGCUUACGGCAUCACAACGAAGGCUCCGUCCCGCCGAGUCCUCCCGAUACACCGAAUCUCAAGAUCAAGGGUCCCAUAGCCAUCGCUGGACAGCCCACCGCUGCCACAAAGGAGGAGUUGGCCAGGAAACUGAGGCGAGUAGCCAGUGCUCCCAAUGCACAAGGUCUGUUCUCCAAGUCAUCAAAGGCCAGUGGUGAGCGGCCGGCCACCGCCGAGCUCAGCAAAGAGCCGUUGGUCGAGAACAAGGACGCAAAUACACUUGGCCUGGUCGAGUCCAAGUCGGAUGGAUCUCCUUCCAGCAGCUUGGCAGUCCCUGAUGCGGAUGGCCUUGCUGCGCUCCCUCCGCCAAGCAUAAACUCGCUCGCGUUCAGGAGAACCUACAGCUCAAAUUCUAUCAAGGUCCGCAACGUUGAAGUUGGGCCGCAGAGCUUCGACAAGAUCAAGCUCAUUGGAAAGGGGGACGUCGGCAAGGUGUAUUUGGUUAGAGAAAAGAAGAGCGCCAGGCUAUAUGCCAUGAAAGUCUUGAGCAAGAAGGAGAUGAUCAAGCGGAACAAGAUCAAGAGAGCCCUGGCCGAACAGGAGAUCCUUGCCACGAGCAACCAUCCGUUUAUUGUCACCCUAUACCACUCGUUCCAGUCCGAGGAUUAUCUCUAUCUUUGCAUGGAGUACUGCAGUGGGGGCGAGUUCUUCAGAGCGCUGCAGACACGUCCGGGAAAGUGUAUCCCGGAGGAUGACGCGAGAUUCUACGCGGCAGAAGUGACUGCUGCAUUGGAAUAUCUACACCUGAUGGGCUUCAUUUACAGGGAUCUGAAGCCAGAAAAUAUCCUCCUGCACCAGUCAGGUCACAUCAUGUUGUCAGAUUUCGACCUGUCUAAGCAGUCCGAUCCCGGCGGUAAACCGACCAUGAUCGUUGGCAAGAACGGUGCCAGCACAUCUUCGCUACCCACCAUUGAUACGAAAUCGUGCAUCGCCAACUUCAGGACAAACUCGUUUGUGGGCACGGAAGAAUACAUCGCCCCUGAAGUGAUCAAGGGCAGUGGACACACUAGUGCUGUGGAUUGGUGGACCCUGGGCAUCUUGAUAUAUGAGAUGCUGUACGGCACAACGCCGUUCAAGGGCAAGAACCGUAAUGCGACUUUUGCCAACAUUCUCAGGGAGGAUAUCCCAUUCCCGGACCACGCUGGGGCUCCGCAGAUCUCAAACCUCUGCAAGUCUCUUAUCCGGAAGCUGCUCAUCAAGGAUGAGAACCGCCGCCUCGGGGCUCGGGCUGGUGCAUCGGAUAUUAAAUGCCACCCCUUCUUCCGGACGACACAAUGGGCAUUGAUCCGCCAUAUGAAGCCCCCGAUUGUCCCCAACCAAGGACGAGGCAUCGACACGAUAAACUUCCGCAACGUUAAGGAGAGCGAAAGCGUCGACUUCAGCCGCUCGAGGCCAAUGGCUCUCAAGGGUGUACCUCUCGACAGCGGUUUGGCAACGCCGGGCGGUGAGGUGGUAGAUCCAUUUGAGGAGUUCAACAGUGUUACCCUCCAUCACGAGGGCGAGGACCAGUAUAGGAAUGGCUAUGAUUCCUAAAGCUACUCACUGCAACUCUUCCUCAGGGCAUUAUUCACGACACACUCGGCGAUAUCCCUUCGCUCAUUUAGCAAACGGUGUGGUUAUGGCAAUCGAGAGGAACGACCGAGGUUCUCGGCCUAAGCUCGUAUGUUUUAGUAGCCUCAUGCUACUCCCAUAUAUUGGAGUUAAGGGCAAGGCGUUCAGGGCAAAGACGGGGGAAGCUACUCGGGCAACAUUAUUCUGUACCUUAAAUGUCGGUCAUCCGUGAAGCAAGUGGGUUUUGCAUUCGCCUUGCGGCAGGCGGUCUGGCAUUCUUGAGAAAUAAAUGCCCCGAUAACUUGAAAACAGGUCUCUUAACU